AUGCCCAAGUUCUACGACUCCAUUCCAGACGAUCUGCGAAACUGGGCUCUACGUCAAAGCGUUUUCUUCGUGGCUUCCGCUCCUCUGCGUGGCCGACAUGUUAACCUAUCACCAAAGGGCUUACCGGAUUCUUGCCUUGCGAUACUCAGUCCAAACCAGGUAGCGUAUAUCGAUUCAACCGGGUCUGGCUGCGAAACGAUCUCCCACGUGCGCGAAAAUGGUCGCGUUACUGUGAUGUUCUGCUCGUUUGAUACGUCUCCUCGUAUCUUGCGACUGUUCUGUACCGGUUCGGUUAUCGAGUGGGAUCAGCCCGAGUUCCUAAGAUAUUCACAGCGCAUGGGAAAAUCCCAGGUUGUGGGAGCGCGUGCUAUUAUCAAUCUUGAUGUUUUCAAGGUUAGCAUUGGUCUCUGA